UUCAAAGAAACGGAGUAUACACAUGCAGCUGGCAAAACAUAACAGUAGUAUGCGGUAGAAUGAGAUGAGGAACUACCCGUUCCAUUCGUUUGCCUGUCUGCUGUCUCUCAUCAAAUCAACUACACAAACUCCCGCGGUACUGCAACUCCAUCCCGCGGUAGCCGGAAGCUACGCGGACCCUCCCCCAUCCUGUCGUGCUCGAUCACAUCGCAUCAAACCAGUUCAAACGCACAGAAAGCACAAAACGCGAUCAUCCACAACACCUAGAAAGGAUUCGUCAGGAGUCGCGCUGUUACGAUGCUUCUUGCUUGACGAAAGUACCGCAGGUGUUUUGGAAUCUGGAAUGUGCAGGCGUGUCCAUUCGGUUUCGUAAUUGCCAUCUGCACUCUUUGCUGUCGCAUCUCUAACGCUCGAGCACAUCAUGACAAAGACCGAAAGCCAUGACAAUCGCAACCUGCAGCAUUGGCUGAUUGUUGUGGUCACUGUGUUAGCCUCCCUGACAGCAGUCGGUCUGAGUGUUUACGUUUUGACCGAAAUAGCUGCCAUCAACAGUCGUCUAGACGAGCAGACGACGAAGCUGGCUGAUCUAAGCGAGUUCGUACUCACACAGACAAGUGAACAGACGCCAACGAGUGAAAAUUUGCGGGAUGGUGACCGUCACUUGUCUCAGGACAGCAAAGAACGAGGUACAUGCAAACUGGGAGAUGGCUGCACUAACCCUGAUGGCACCAAGAGUGCAAUCCCUGCUGCUCAUUUGAGAGCUCGUACUCCUGUGGAGACUGAAGGAGCAAGUGAUGAUGAUGAGUUGGAGCUCGAGUGGGUGGAGGAGCUUAGAUCAGGAGGAAUGCAAAUGUCAGAGCAAAAGUUAAUUGUUCCACGAAGUGGAUUAUAUUUAGUGUACAGCCAGAUGGAGUUUGACUCUGAAAUCAGUGGAAAAGCUGCUGGUCACGUCCUGAAAGUCAAUGACGUAAUAAUAGUGGAUGAAAACAAGAAUAACAAGGAAGCUGUCACAUAUCAGCGUCAGCAGCUGCAGCUAAUGGCUGGAGAUAAUAUAUCUGUCACUCCUCGGAAAAUGAAGAGGAGAGUAAUGCGUCACCUACAUUACAAUGCUACCUUCUUUGGAGCAUUCCUUGCUAAUGAUGACAAUUUGGAGUGAAACACAUAACCAAGGAAAGUAACCUUGAGUGUGCAGUAAGUAAACAGUGCUGAACAUGUAUGACUGUCAUGAAUUCACAAAUAGCAAAUAGAUUUACAAAACUGGGAAAUGUAUCACCCAUAUACUGUCAC